AUGUCUGACUCUAUCAAACCCACGGGUGAAACCACUGCAGUUGGUGUUGCUGACUCCGCUGCUACUCAAACACUAACCCCAACCCCGCAUGAAAAUGAGGAUGAGGAUGAGGACGAGGACGAGGACGAUGAUGAUGAGGAAGAUGAUGACGACGAAGAUGAUGAAGAUGAUGAAGAUCUCAACGAGAUUGAUCCUAAAGCGAUUAUCCCUGAAGGUCGUAGCCGUCGUAAUCGUCCACAAGUCGACUACUCUUCACUGAAGCGCACGCCAGGGCUGGCCUGA